AUGUGUUACGAGUGCAACAAACGUUUCGAUAGGAAAGACGACUGCAAGAGGCAUUUAAUAGAACAUCUACUGAGAGAUGCUUUCACUGAGAAAUUUAAAUAUGGCUCAUUGAAAUGUCAGAUCUGCGGGCAGGAGUUCAAUUCAGGUGAACGAUAUAAACACCAUCUGCGCGACCACGCCUCGCUGCCCGUCUACAAGUGCGAGCUGUGCAACAAAUCCUUCAGUGACUCGAGCAAUUUCUCUAAACACAAGAAAGUGCACAACCUCUCUGUACUCGUAUGCAAUUUAUGUAAGAAGAAGUUUCAGAAGAAACAGUGUCUCACCAAACACAUGGAGAUGCACGAAAUAACAAAACCGAUCGUGUGUAAUGAUUGUAACAAAAUAUUCUACUCGCAGUCGUCUUAUACCAAGCAUUUGAAAAUGAAACGCCCACGUUUUAAAUGUCACGUGUGUGGGAUCUUCUAUAAUAAUUUGAAAGCGAAGUGGGACCAUAUGUGGGAGAUACAUAAAGAAAGGAAACACGUAGCAGAUUGUCCGUUUUGUAAACAAUCAUACAGAAAGUUUUCAGAUGUAAAGAAACACAUCAAAAAAGAUCAUAAUGAUACUUAUCAUGUGUAUUAUAAUAAAUAUGGUAAGUGUAAAGUGAAAAGCGAAGAUGAAAAUUGUACCGAA